CUGCCUGCAGCAUAUAAGAAGGCACCAAUGCCUCCGAAGGCCACAAGACGACAGGAUCCAGAGACAACCAGAAUCACCAGGGCCUCCCACCAUGAAGCUCAUAGUCACCUUCACCCUGGUCCUACUGGCUCUCUGCUGCAGCUCUGCUUCUGCAGAGACCUGCCCUGAAUUUUUUCAUAUCAUGGAAACCCUCUUCAUGGGCACACUCUCCAGUUACGAGAGUUCAGUGGAACCUUUCAACCCUGAUCCGGACAUGAAAGAGGCAGGAAUCCAGAUGAAGAAGCUGCUGGACACCCUCCCCGUGGGGAUCAAAGUGAAUGUCCUGAAGCUCUCAGACAAAAUAUUAAAAAGUCCACGAUGUGCUGGGGUUUAGAAAUGCAAAGCCCACCAGAAUUUGGAAACCAGAAACGUCCAACUACCAAAGCCCCUGUCGGGGCACCCUGCCUGGUCUUGCUCUCUACAAUAAACUAGAAGCAUCUCA